AUGACGCCGACUCACUUUGUCCUAGCUACAUCCCACAUCUCGACUAGCCCAGGCUACGACCUCCAGAGCCCAGCUUCUGAGCUGUUUGCCAGGAAUAACCCCUGCCUCCAUCCAGUGACAUCUCCGUCGUCUAUCUCAGCGCCUCUGGGCCUGUUCCCGAGGCCAUUUUGGAGAUCUGGAACCGUGGAGCCACUGGUGUCUAGGAUUGGUGUUGUUGCCAGCGGCAUUGGCAACGCAGACGACGAGAACAACAUCAACAAGACCUUCCUUCGUGGUGUUACCCAGCUUAACCACAACAUCCCCGAAUACUACACUAGUCAUCCUGUCCACAUCCCCUUUCACACCAAUGUCACUCAGUACUUCAUCAACACUCUAGGCAAGGAAGCCCGCGCUAGCCACGUUGACUAG